UCUACAAAUCACCCGUCAAUGAUUACUAACUAUUGUUGAUCGGUCUGUCAGUCAGAAUUUACCCAUGAUACAUUGCGGGUUUGAUCCUCUCGAACACGCCAUUGUAACCAUUGUGUAACCAUUUCUAUUUGGGGGCGGUCUUCUGAUUUGUUGUGGCAUUGAUAAGUAACUAGUAAAACAAAAAUCCAAUUUUAUAAUCUCACCGUCCACCCUCGGUUGGAGUUUUACUGCUCUACAAACAGACGGGUCAACAUGGACGUCGGAUUUCGCCACCCUGUUCUUCUUUGCCUAAUCCUAGCGGUUUUGGGCUCGGUUCUGGCCGAUUUGGAUGGCCCUUUGAUGGGGGCACCCGGGUCUGCCGUCCGUUUGUCGGAAAAUGACCCAGGUCUGAAGAAGGCACUGAAGUUUGCAGAAGAGCGCUAUAACAUGGGGUCCAAUGCGAUGCACGUUCGCAGAGUUAGCAAGAUCCUCUCUGCCAGUAAACAGCAGGUGAAGGGUAUCCGAUACAGCAUCACGGUGGAACUAAGUAACACCCAGUGUAAAAAGGCUGCCAGACUGAGGAUCUGUGACUUCUACCCAGAGGAACACAACCUGAAGACAGAGGUAUGUGUGUUUGAGGUCUGGGACAUUCCCUGGGAGAGCAAGUCCACCCUUCUCAAACAGAAGUGCCAGCCAGCAGUUGAUCCCAAACCAGUUGAGACCAACAAAGUUGAAUUUCUGCCCGUCUCCACCAAACCAGUUGAGGAGUCAGUGGAUUCUGUGGAGCUUCUGGGUCAGUUCAAAGAGUUCAUGGUCAGAUACAAUAGGACUUACAGCAGCCAAGAGGAAGCUGACCGGCGGCUGCGUGUCUUCCAUGAGAACUUGAAGACUGCCGAGAAGCUCCAGUCUCUGGACCAGGGCACAGCCGAGUAUGGGGUCACCAAGUUCAGCGACCUCACAGAGGAGGAGUUUAGGACUCUGUACCUGAACCCCCUGCUGAGCCAGCAGAACCUCCAGCAGUCCAUGAAGCCUGCAGUAAUGCCCCGCGGCCCCGCCCCGCCCAACUGGGACUGGAGAGAGCAUGGAGCGGUCAGCCCCGUCAAGAACCAGGGCAUGUGUGGUUCUUGCUGGGCAUUCUCGGUGACAGGCAACAUUGAGGGCCAGUGGUUUGUGAAAACUGGAAAACUAGUGUCUCUCUCUGAGCAAGAGCUGGUGGACUGUGAUACUGUGGACCAGGCCUGUGGGGGCGGGCUUCCAUCAAAUGCAUAUGACGCUAUCGAGAAGCUGGGUGGUCUGGAGACAGAGACUGACUACAGCUACACCGGCAAGAAGCAGAGCUGUGACUUCACCACAGACAAAGUCACUGCCUACAUCAACAGCUCUGUGGAGCUGUCCAAAGAUGAGAACGAAAUCGCUGCUUGGCUGGCUGAGAACGGACCAGUAUCUGUGGCCCUGAACGCAUUCGCAAUGCAGUUCUACAGGAAGGGCGUGUCCCACCCUCUGAAGAUAUUCUGCAACCCCUGGAUGAUUGACCAUGCAGUGCUGCUCGUGGGCUACGGAGAACGUCAAGGCAAGCCUUUCUGGGCCAUCAAGAACAGCUGGGGAGAGGACUAUGGAGAACAGGGUUACUACUACCUGUACAGGGGAUCCAGGCUCUGUGGGAUCAACAAGAUGUGCUCGUCUGCCAUUGUGAACUAGGCGAGAACACACACACACAUUUAUUUCAAUAUAUACACACACAUACACACACACACACACACACACACACACACACAUGACCGGAAUAAUAGUUGAUGCCAAUCUUUUCCUGGCACAGAAAACAAACCCAACACCCUCCCCCAAACAUGUACACACACACCUACAAACUGACCAAACUGCAAUGCUACUCACCCUGCCCCCAUAAUUGUGUAGUCAGAACACUGCACAGUGCACUGGAAGACCUGUUGACACCUUGAAAUAGAAGAGGCAGUAUUCAUUCAUACCUGACCUCAUUCUUCUUUACCAAAACAAACCAGCUCCGAUUAAGUUAUAGUUUCAAGGUAGUACUGAUCUUUUGUUGUGAUUUUACUAUAGGUUUUUACAUUUUUAGCUAGACUGAACAAAAAUAUAAACAAAACAUGCAACAAUUAACAAUUUUACUGAGUUCAUCAGUUCAAGGAAAUCAUUCUAUUGAAAUAAAUAAAUUAGGCCCUAAUCUAUGGAUUUCACAUGACUGGGCAUGGGCACACCCACUUGGGAAUAGGUGGUCCUAUGACCAAGUGGGAGGGCAUAGGCACACUCACUUGGGAGCCAGGCCCACCCACUGGGUAGCAGUCAGCAUGCCAAUUGCACACUUGCUCAACACUUUAGACAUCUGCAGCAUUGUGUUGUGUGACAAAACAACACAUUUUUUGUGGGUGUUUAUUGUCCCCAGCACAAGGUGCACCUGUGUAAUGGUCAUUCUGUUUAAUCAGCUUCUUGAUAUGCCACACCUGUCAGGUGGCUGGAUUAUCAUGGCAGAGAGAAAUGCUCACUAACAGGCAUGUAAACAAAUGUGUGCACUCAAUUAGAGAAAUAAGCUUUUUGUACGUAUGGAACAUUUCUGGGAUCUUGUAUUUCAGCUCAUGAAAGAUGGGACCAACACUACAUGUUGCUUUUAUUUUUGUUCAGUAUAGAAGUCUUUUAGAAUAUUUUAUUUAAUUGUUGUGUUUUAGAUGCCAGAAUUUACCUCUGCCUAUCUCUUUACAAUAACAGAGUCUAAAUGAGUUCAGUAAUGCUUUUUGGUGUCUGUUAUGUUCCCCUGAAUGUGACCACUCUGCUGAUGCUCUAGAAUUAAUGCUUGUGCAUUUUUGCUAGUUUCCCCUCUGUUGUAACUUGUUCAGUGCAAUACCAUGUAAUGUCAAUCUCUCCCUUGUUUACCAUUUACAACUUCACUGUACAACUAGUAUUUAGAAUGAGUGGGUUUGCAUGGUUUCUGAGAUUUACAAAGGAUCAUACAUUGGCUGAUGUGUAGCCUAUUAACUGUGUUACAUAUUGCUGUGCUGUGUAACUAGACAAACUAAGGUUGAAUAAAACAUAUUUUAGCCUUCA